AUGAAAAGUUCUCAAAAGAAACUAAAAGGCUUAACAAGGAGAAAAAGGAAACAUUUGGAGGAUUCAAAUACAUAUAUUGCGUACAACAAACAAAUAAGAGAUUUUCGACGUGGAUAUUCGAUUCCUAUCAUAGCAGCAAAGACGCAUCAUUCAAUUAGCCGCAUCACCGGUGAUUUGGAGGACGAGCAUUACCUGGAGCUCGCUUCGAAACUACCCAUGUCAUCGGAAGAGCACGUGCGCUUCGUGGAAGAAAAACUUUCCCAAAAGGAAAGCACGGAUGCUAUGAUGCGGCUAAUAUUGAAGUCGAAGGGCGCAAAAGGCAGUGUGGACGGCGUACUACGUGGUUUGUUUUCAGACGAUGUAAUGUACCAUUACAAUUUAGAGGGGCGCAAGGAGAAGAAAUCCCUACUAAAACUAAAAUGCGUAGGGUUAGUUUUUGAUAUAUUUCCUGACAAGGAUAAAAACAGUAUAUAUGGGGAGCUCCGGAGAUUUGUGGCCUUAAGCCACAAUCGUUAUAAACAGAAGAAACAUAAACUAAGGGCUAAAUUAAUAUAAGUUUUAUUAUUAUUACUUAUAUAUAUUAGUUUUAAGUUGUAAAUAUUAGUUUUAAGAUGUACAUAUUAGUUUUAAGUUGUAUAUAUUAGUUCUAAGUUGAAGUGUCUAAUUUUACUUUUAAAAAUAUGAAUUUUUACAAUUAUAAUUUUUAUACUCAAAUAACUUGUAUAUAAUUUUUCUGCCGAAUGCAAUAAUAAUAGGCAUAUUAUUAAUUUAAUUAAUAUCUGAUUUUGAUUUUAUUAUUAAAUAAAGCAAAAUAAUUUAAAAAAAUGACUUUUAUUUAAAAGAAUUUAAUUUGCUAGAAGUAAAAAUGGGUAACAGAUAAUCUUGUUACUGCUUGUUCUUCCUAACAUGCUUAUAUGUUAAAGGUAACAAACUAAUAACCAAAAUAAUAACACUAACAGAUAUUCGGGUAACAAAUACUUUUUGUUAUCCAUAACACAUGGGUAAGCUAAGCGCUAACAAAAUAAUUUGUUACACGUAAGAUGCUGUGAAGAGAUUUGCUAACAAAUGUGUGUAUUCUGUAAGAACAAGGCAGCAUGCGAUAUUUGCCAUUGGUUAGAGCGAGAUAACCAUUGAACAUUAAAUAGCUAUGUGUUACUUUUUUCCCACUCUCUGAACAAAAGUAACAAAUAUUUUAACGAAUGCAAAAGUGAACAAUAACAACUCGUUUACACGUUUGCUAACAACUACCCGUCUUGCAGGGAAG